AUUGUUUUGGUUUAAACUUAAAAAUAAAAAAAAGAUUUUCAAUUCGAUUUUUGAUAUUCCAGCUGAAAAAUACUUAUCUAUUAAAUAUUAAUAUAAUCAUUACUUGGGAUUUUUAAUACCAUCUCACUGAAUCGUCGUCAUAGACAUUUACCAUCAUGAUGCACCCCGCUGAAAUCGAAUAUUUGGCCGAAAAUGAGAUCAUUCAAAUAGUGCCGACGUUCAAUCAUGCCAGCCAUGUACAUCUUAUAUGCGGUUCUUAUGGCCCGUUCCGAGCUGGUUUACCGUUGAACGUUCCUAUCUGGGUGGCACUAAAUCUGCGACAAAAAAAGACGUGUCGUAUUCUAGCUCCUGACUGGAUGACCGUCGAUAAGUUACAAGAAAGGCUUGAAGAAGAGAAAGCGUCCAAAUUUUUCACACAACUACCGACCAAUUAUUACUUGGAAAUCACACAAAUGUUGUUGACUAUUGCCAGUGAAGAUAUUCCACAAGGAAAUGAUAUAAAAACGGCAGUUAAAGAUCUAUGGGAUUUGAGAAUAGCAAAAUUAAGAUCUUCUGUUGAUCUAUUUGUCAAAGAAGGUCGUGUUCAAGCUUCUUUAAACCAUUUAACGCCAAUGGAGAUUAAUUCUGUGAGGCCAGUAUUCCCAGAUACAUUAGAUGCGUUAAUGACACUCCACGAACACAUUAACUCAAGUGAUGAUAGAGAAAAUAGCAGUCAAUCUUCAGGAGGAACUCCUAAUUCAAUGCCUUUUUCAUUAUCUUUGUAAAAUUGUUUAUUCUUAAAAUACUCAGAAUUGUACUCAAAUGGUAGUGCUUUCUUUUUGGGAUCAGAUUAAAUUAUUUUUAACACCAAAACUGUUAUAUGAUUGUUAUUAUAUGUCUAAUGCAACUAUCUAGUC